ACAUAAUCCUCCCCAUUUCCAUUUAUACAUAAAAAGACACCAUUCUUUUCCUCUCUUCCUCCCCCUUCCUCUUUCUCUCCCUCACACCUCCUCAAAGAACCCUAAAAACACCUCUCUAUCUCUCUCCAAAGUUUGGGAAACGGAGGAGGCAAAUGCAGUAAAUGGGUUGAUCAGAUUUGCUUAAAGAUUGUGUUUUGGGGCUCACAUUGCCGUAAUUUUUGGUAGUUUACCCUAAGUUUGCCCUCAUGGAUGCUAAUGGGGGACUCGGGAUGCGAAAUUGGGGCUACUAUGAUCAGCCCAUAAAGGUUAAUCCAGGGCUUCAGCUCAUGUCCUCUGUGGCCGAGCACGAAAAGAAGCAGCUUUUCUCCAAUGGAGGCUUUCUCCAAAGAGAUUACAGUGCCCCUGAGACGUUUGCGCCGAUUGAGUUCUUGAAGAAUAGUUGGCCAAACUACAGGGAGGCCAAGAUGCCCCAGAUGAUGCCUACUAACCCUAGUUAUGAUCUCCUGCCUAGUGCGAACGGGGCUCAUUCCUUCCAAAUCAUGCAGGCGCCGAGCCCGCCCAAAGACGACAAUGUCGCACCGAUGAAUGAGCCGCAAGCGACAAACGAUAAGCCUCCGAAGAAGCGGUCUCGGGCUCGGCCGGAAAGCGCUUCUAAGCCCAGGAAGCCGAAAAAGGCUCCCGUUCCGAAAGAGGAACGCAAGGUUAACUCGAACCCGAGAGUGAGAAAUGGGAGGAAAAGCGCGGAUAUCGUUAUAAACGGAAUUGACUUAGACUUGUCGGGGCUGCCCACUCCUGUGUGCUCAUGCACGGGCGCUCCGCAGCAAUGCUAUAGAUGGGGGGUCGGAGGGUGGCAGUCGGCCUGCUGUACUACUAGCAUUUCCGUGUACCCGCUCCCGAUGAGUACAAAGAGGAGGGGGUCGAGGAUUGCGGGGAGAAAGAUGAGCCAGGGCGCGUUUAGGAAGGUGCUGGAGAAGCUCGCGGGGGAGGGCUAUAACCUUAAUAACCCGAUCGACUUGAGGGCUUACUGGGCUAAGCAUGGAACCAACAAGUUUGUGACGAUCAGGUAAAAGUUGUAUAAUGUCUGUAAGCUUAACUUUAUGCAGAAGAUCUCUGGGUAGAAUGUAGCUCGAUGUCGAGGUUAGAUUCUAGUUUAGCAGCUGAAUGCAUGUUAUUUCUUCUUUCCUUUUUUGCAACUUGUAGUUGUAACUAUUAAACCUAUCCAAUCUAGAUUGUCUUUUGCUUAUCGCAAAAAUGAAUUUUUAUAAUGUCUCCUAUUUUA